UCAACGAAUUGUCAGAAAAAUUUGAAUGAUUAAUAUUUUGUUUAAUUAAUUUGAUGAUGAUUACAAUCAUCAAUAAAGUUUUCAUUAUUACUUAAAUCAGAUCAAGGUUUAUAUUUCUUUUUUAUCAAUAAAUAGUGUGUUCGCGAUGCCACGAAGCAAAAGUCGUGAUCGGAAGACUAACAAUGACCAAAAUGCCAGUCUAUCUACUAGAAGUCCCGGCGUUCUUCAGCUGGAGCUAGAAAAUGUAGCUCUAAAAUCAAAGAAUCUAGAGCUUGCACAAGCCCACGUCAAAUUGACCCAGGAAAAUAAAGAAUUAAAAACUGAAAUGAUGAAUGUCAAAGCGCAAUUUUUUGCAAUGCAAACUAAAUACAGUAAUGUUGCAUCCGGUCUGGGAAAGUUAAAAAGCCUGCUUGGAAAAUGUACUCCUUCAAUACUAGAAAUAGUGGAGCUAAUCUCACAAGUCAACAAAGACUUAAAUGGAGAUAAGUCAACCAAAGCCAAAAACGCAACAGUCCACACAGUAAAACCGCAUACUGUUAAUGGAACUGUUUUGAAUUUAAACCCUACAAUUAAUUUAAACAGAAUGACCAAUAAUGAACAAGAACCUAGGCCUUCAACGUCACGUGCAGUAUUUGCAAAUGAAAUUUUCCAUGAUGAAACUUUCAAUAAUGAGAGUCCAAAUAAUUUAAGCAUAAAUAUAAAUAAUGAAAAUAUUGAUCCAAGAUCUUUUACUCGUAGAGAUAGAAAUUCUGCUGUUGUACCAAUGGAAGAAGACAAUAAUGAAGAUGAAGUUGAAAUGUACGAAGAAGAGGACCAGUCACCUAAUUGUCUUUCGGUAAUCCCUGAAGAAACCUCUACGGACAAAUCAAGCAUUGGUUUAGGAGAGGUCAGGGUUUGUCUCCAAAGACUGUCUCAUCAAGAAAUAAGCCGGUUAUCCAAGAACAAUUGUACGGCUUCAGAGACGAACCUGAAUGAUACUCGCUUCAACAUGGAAACUACGAUUAUUGAAAAUGGUGGCGCAAGAUUCAGCAAAACUGCUUCUGCCGAAAUUAGCUUCUCUCCAAAUGGAAAUUCCACAAAUAUUAGCGACGAUGAGUAUGAAUUAGGUGCAAAGUCCAAAGUAUCGACACGGCAUAAACGAACAGCUGGAUCGAGUAGCACAGCAAAUUCUACUUUGUGUGGGAACGAACGCAUGACACCCAAUUCAUUUCUCAACUUACCUACUCCAUCAUUAGCUGGCAUACCAACACCCUUUAUGUCCUGCAUAGGCGAUAUUGGUGACAAGAAUAAUGAUGGUUCACAACUUGAAAUUUUACAAGAAUCAAAAAGUACAAGGUCUUCACCUAACACAAAGAAAGAACUCCAAGUCAUCGUACAAGAAUCUCCUAGGAGUUCAAGAAAUACAGCACCUGGUGUUAAUAGAAGACGUAGGGGGGCAAGUGAGGCUGACAUUUCCAUGAGUCCCAGGGUAUUGUUGGAGAGAGACGAUAUUCGAAUUUCAGAAUUAUUGUUAUGUCAAGAAGAAGACAAUGUGAAAGAGAAUAAUCAAGUUGUUACUAAAAUCAAAAAAUCUGAACCCAAAAAAAAAGCAAAGAAAAGUGUACCAUCAAAACGACCCAAGAAAAGUGAAACUUUGAAAGAGACCCAGAAAUGUCAAAAAACUUCUAAAAUAACUAAAGAAUUGCAAGUGAAACUCUCAAAUUUUAUUCCAGAAGCGAGUCCAAGGAGAAGUUCGACUGCAUCCGUGCAAAGUGACUAUGGAGAAGGGAGACCUAAAAGAGCAGCACGUCCCGGAAUAUUAAAAGAUGCCUCACUGAAAACGAAAAUGAGAAGAUUGAUAUAAAAAUAUCGAGAAUUUUGACUAAGUAUACCAAAUUAAACUAAUAAUUUAUUUAUCAGAUAAGUACUUAUGAUAAGAUUUUUAAAUGUAUGUAUCCGUAUCUACUUCUUGUUCUAUUUUGAAUAUACUUAUUUAUUUUGUUGGUUUACAAAUAAAUGCUUGGGAUAAGAUAGUUAUGAAUUCUUUGAACUACAUUGUGCCUAAAUGGUGUGGGCAUGAGGUACCAUAUAAGCAAUGGCCAAUCAGCGCUUCACUUUGAACAAUAUCUUAAUUUUUGAACUUAAAACAGUACAUAGACUGGUAACAAGUCCCAAAUUUAAUUUUUUAUACAAUAAAAAUUUCUUAGUUAUGUUGUAUAUUGUCGAUUGUGGAUAUUAGCAAUCCAGUAUUACAAAUUAGACAAAAUAUUUUUUAAGCAAAUAUUCAACAACAAUAAAUUUUUUAUAUACGUAUUCACAACAAUUUUUUUUUACAAUGUUACCCAUUUGCAGAAAGAAGAUACAGUCUCACCGCUCCAGCAAAAGACAUAGGCCUAGUUACCCCUAAAAUGUCCCCUGGCGACUGAUAAUGCUGCUCAAGCCUAUAUUGGUUCUUGAUUUUGGUCAAUUUUGGAACAUGCGUUUGACCACAGGAUCUUGUCAUGUGAUUAUGUAAAUCGGAGUCUCUUUUUGGUUCAAUUUUUGUUUUAAUUUGUUUGUGCAAUAUUUUUUGUAUCAAUUUACAUUCUUCCAAUUGAAUUAUUUGGUCCACCUCAGAUAUAUGAAGUUUUUGUACAAGUCUCUUGUAUGAUAGAGUUGUGGAAGUUUAUGUAGGUAUUUAAUGACACGAUUCUGAAGUCGUUGCAACUUUUGUCUAGCUGUCACGUAUGCAGCUGC